GGACAAGUUUAAAGAUGCUUAUAAUAUAUGGAUCUCAUUUUCAGUAAAGAAAACGUCUCUGAAAACAUCUGCCCUGUCUCUAUAAAUCCAAGUUCUCAUUUGCAUGGUUCCGCUCCACAACACACGUCAUCAUUGUGGUCAGAGAGGGCGGCUCAGGUACUGAAGGUAGCAGGCUGGUGGCUGCUAUUGUACAAACAUGUGCAGCGCGAAAAUAUUAAAAUGCCGCGUGAGUUCCUCACAUUUUGUUGUAGAAAAAUACAUCUCAGCAUAGCCGUUCGACGGAUUUCAAAGUUAGUAGUACGUGGCUAAAAUUUUUGUUUAACGAUGCGCUGUGAUUAAUGAUUGUUAGAUCUAUAUGAAAUAAACAAGCACACGCACACAAUACGAGAUGCAGGUCAGAAGACAUCAAAAUUUUUUUAAUCUUAUUUGCAAGUGAGUGUGCGGUUAUAUAUCCUCUGUACGCAAAGUUAAGUCUAUAUACAAAAGCGCGUGUGCCGUUUUUGCAUUAAGAUCAAAAGGUGAUUACAAGUCCUUCACGUGAAUACGGACACAAGACCAAGCUUGUAGGACAAUAAUGCGACUCCGUCAGAGUGUACAUUUCCUACUGGGGAUGUUUGUUGGCUUGUCACUAAGUGGGCUCAUUUACUGGGGAUUCACCUCCAUUUGGUUUGGAAAUCAUCUAACAGGUAACCUGGGUCGGACAGAUGUUGCUUCUGUGACACCAUGGUUAGCCCCGAUUGUUUGGGAGGGAACCUUUGAUGCCACAGUGAUCGACUCUAUCUACAAACAACAAAACAUCACUGUAGCGACCACUGUCUUCGCUUUGGGAAAAUACAUACGUUUUCUCAAAGAUUUUCUGGAGUCAGCAGAAGAGCAUUACUUUGUUGGAUUUCAAGUACAUUACUACCUGUUUACAGAUCAACCAGAAGCCAUUCCUAAUGUGAAACUUGGUCAAAAACGUUAUCUGACAGUAAAAAAGGUUCCAAGUUUGAACAGAUGGCAGGACAUCAGUAUGGGCAGGAUGGAAAUGUUGGAGAAACUAAUAGAGAAUGAACUGGCCAAGGAGGCCGACUAUAUUUUCUGUCUUGACGUAGAUGCAAAGUUCUAUGGCCGGUGGGGUGUUGAGUCUUUGGGUCGUCUGGUAGGUGUGAUACAUCCUUGGUUCUUUGAUCUUCCAAGGUUCAUAUUCACAUACGAGCGUAGACCAGAGUCUCAAGCAUACAUUCCAGCGGGACAAGGUGAUUAUUAUUAUACUGCUGCUGCAUUCGGUGGCUCAUUGAAGGAUGUACAUCAUCUCACCAAAACCUGCCGUGAACAACUGAACACUGAUGCUGCAAACUCCAUUGAGGCGAUAUGGCACGAGGAAUCUCACUUGAACAAGUAUUUCCUUUAUAACAAACCCAGCAAACUGCUUUCACCUGAAUAUCUGUGGCGGGACAUUAGUAUGGGUGCAGGCCAAGUGAAAAUAGUUCGCUUCUCUCAUGUAACUAAAAACAAUGCUGAAGUUCGUCCAAACUUGUAGCACUUUUGUAAAGGUUUACUUUCACAUCAAUGUUGAGUUUCGCUAGAAAAAAAAAUGUUAGUUUUGAAGCAAACAGGUUGUUUCCUGCUUAUUCACAUGUGGUAAACCUGGGAAAACCUUUUAAGCAUUAAUAAUGCUAAUGACAAUACAAUACAUGAUUUAAAUGAGAUCAAGAACAGUAUUCAAAAACAUUUCCAAUUCACUGAAUAUCCCACAAGCUGUGAUUUUGCCAUUGUCUUGUGCUGUUUCAUCUUGUGUAGUUUGUAAUUUUAUGUUGUCCUGAAACUGUAUUGCAACCUGCCAGUCCUACAAUUAUUUGCACACCCAGUUGUUUGUAUAGGGGUCCUUUAAACCAUAAUUUAAAUAAUAGAUCCGUCUCAAGAUCCUCUCCAAACAUUUGCUCUUAAUGGUUAAGACAUGAAGGCAAAGUUUUCUGCUUUGAAACAACGUGGACUGUGAAAAGUGCUAUACACGUAAAAUGGGCUUGUCUUAUGUUUGUUGUUCUGUUGUUGUAAUGCAUGCUUUGGCAAUCAGCCUCUUCUACGUGUAUGAAUUAAAAAUGCUGAAAGAUAAGGAUGUUAACUAAUACAGUCAAACAUGUCCAACACAUUCUGAGAACAAUGCUUUUAUUGACAUAGCCCUGUUUCAUUUACCCAAAAAAAUAGCUGGAAGGUCCACAUAUUAUGGAUAGUGUGCCACAACAGACACUCAACAAUAUUCGGUUGUAUUCACAAUGAAGUUGAGUUACCACCUGAGGAGCAUACAUCCUCCUAAGAGUUUAUCUCUACAUUUACCCACAUAUUAAUCCUUUCUUUUGUUUAUUGCAGCAGGGUUUUACUGAUAUCUACUGUGCUAAAGUAAAUUCAUUUUACAAUGUAAUUAAGAAUUUUCUAUCUGAAAAAUAAUGCUGAACUAAACAACAGAAAAAUGUACUGAUGCAUCAUCCUUCCUGAUCAAAUAAAACUCAAAUGGUUGUGGUUGUUGAAAUCAGGGAAUCGAAGGGAGUGAAAUUUCAGCCCCAUCAACGCUGUGUAGCUCCUGCCUGGGUGCUAACACAAUCAAACUUUACAUGUUUCAUUUAAAGACUUUGGCCCUAUCUGCCUUCCAUAAUAUGGCUACUCAAGCUGGCCAUUUUGACAUA